GAAAAAGAAGGAUUUUUGGCUUUUUCGACCUAUUCUCAAUACUUCGCAUUUUUCUCCAUCAAAAUUUCACUUUUUCGAGCUGGGAAGGUGAUAUUCGUGAUCAGCUCGACCUGGCGAUUCAGAAUAUAUAUAAUAAAGCACAAAAAUAUUUCACUCGAAGUUUGCUUUACGUGCAUCUUACAUUAUCCUGAACGAAAUUCUCCUAACAAAUAUGAACUUUAUUCCAGAAGAAAUGUUCUUCAAAUUAUUCAAGUUAAGAUCUUGUAAGAUAUUUGAUGAUAAUAACAAACAUGGAAAAAAAUCUAUCAUAAUCGAAGAUAUAAUGAGAAUUACUUAAGAUUUAACAAUGAAAGGUUUAAUUACAAAAUAAUUUCAUCAAUAUCAUAUAAAUUUAUCUAAACAAAAAAGAGCAUAUAUAACCAAAUAGAUAGACUUCAAAAUCAAAUAAAUAAUAAUUUCUAACAUUACCGAAUAGAUAAAGUAGUAUGCAAAAGUAUAUACACGAUCUAAAAGUCGAAUGAAUGAGAAAAUCAAAUUAAAUUCUUUUUUCUUAAACAUAUAUGUACAUAUUGACAGAUUUUUUUUUGUCAAAUUUGAAUUAAAAUGUUUUUAUAUUUACUUGGUCUUAUUGUCCUACGCAAAUACAUAAAAGAGUAUAAUCUUUCCCAGCCAUAUUGCAUAAGAUAUUUACGGCAGCCAGAAAUAUUAAUAUCAUUUAUCCUAUAACUCACACGUUUUUCAGAGAACAAACGUUGAGAUGUAAAAUAAUAUUUUUUAUCCAUUUUAAUCUAUUUUUCAUUGCAUGACACAUUAAAUAUUAUUCCUAAAUAUUUAUCAUACGUUGUUACAAUAAGAGACCAUUUAUUCAUUACUUCAUUACUACUUAUAAAAAUAUAAAUAAAAAUUAUAUUGAACAGAGGAGUUAACAUAACAUUUAUCUUUGGCGAUUCUAAAUUAUUAUAAUGCCGAUGAAUAAAAGAAAGAAAUAUGAAGUAUCGGUAGUUACAGAUAUUCCUUCGAAAGAUACUGUCAUUACAUUUCCUGUACAGACUGAAAUACAACAACAACAACAACAACAUAAUUCGGCUGAUACUAUAAAUGUUUCAGAAUUCGACGAAUCUGUUAAUCAAGGUGGACUACCAAGACCUUCAUGGGAGCUACCUUUGGCCUACGAUAUCUCAGAUAAUGCCGAUAGUAUCCGUUCAAAUGGACCAUCAGUAGCGAAGAAAGUUGUGAAAUAUAAUAGUCAACAAUUACAACGAAAGAGUAUAAUUACAGCAACAAGUCCGACAGGAUCAAGCAAAAGUACGUUUCUCGAUAUCUUAGCUGGACGAAAAGACACACAUGGUUUGGAGGGCGUCGUUCGAAUAAAUGGCGAAUUACAACCCGCUGACUUCAAAUAUCGAUCUGGAUACGUGGUCCAAGAAGACGUUAUUCUAGGAACAUUAACAGUGAGAGAAAAUUUAGCAUUUUCAGCUGCUCUUCGAUUACCAUCAUGUAUAAAUGCUAAGCAACGUGCAAAACGAGUUGAACAAGUUCUAACAGAAUUAGAAUUAAUCAAGUGUGCUGAUACAAAAGUAGGCACAGAAUUUAUUCGUGGUGUUAGUGGUGGUGAAAAACGUCGAUGUAACAUUGGCAUGGAACUUGUUCUUUCACCAUCAAUCUUAUUUCUGGAUGAACCAACUACUGGAUUAGAUAGUUCAACGGCAUGUUCUGUUAUGAGAUCACUUCAUGAUUUGUCUCAUCGUGGUCGUACAGUUGUCUUUUCCAUUCAUCAGCCAAGAUAUUCUAUAUUUAAAUUAUUCCAUACUAUAAUGUUACUGUCAUCCGGACGAGUUGUCUAUCAUGGACGAUCAAGCGAGAUAUUACCGUACUUUGAAUCAAUCGGCUAUAAAUGUGAACAGUAUGAUAAUCCUGCAGAUUUUAUUUUAGAUGUAACUCAAGGAAAUACUUUAUCUAGUACGUCAGAUCCUCAUAGAUCUACGCCUACAGAUGAAUUUGCUGAUGACUCUACCAUGAAUAAUCAUUUACGUUUAACUGAAAUUCUUGCUAACCAUUACAGACAUUCAAACAUCUAUUCAACUAAUAUGCUCAUUGUAACAAAAUUUCAACAUUUAUUAAAAAGUUCAACUAAUUCAUUACAUCCAAUUUCAGCUAUACCAUCGAGACCAUUUUUACGUGAAUUUUGGUUUAUAUUACAGCGUAUGUUAAAAAACUCUAUAAGAAAUCCCCUAUCAAUUUUAAUUCAAAUAAUUUCAACAAUAUUUAUGGCAUUACUCGUUGGAUUUAUCUAUUUUCGUGUUGACAGUACAACGACAAGUGGUAAAAAUAAUCGUUUUGGUGCAAUAUUUUUCAUUGCAAUGUAUCUCGUUUUUGGAAAUCUAUCAGCCAUUGAAUUAUUUCUAAAAGAACGUAUAUUAUUUAUUCAUGAACGUGUCAGUGGCUAUUAUCGAGUAUCAACAUAUUUUAUAGCAAAAUUAGUGUGUGAUUUAUUACCUAUGAGAGUUAUACCAAGUUUUUUAUUUACAGUAGUUGUUUAUUUUAUGGUCGGAUUACAAAAUCGUUUUGAUAAGUUUUUUAUGUUUUUAUUAACAACAUGUUUAACAAUGUUUUGUGGCUGUGCAUUAUGUUUUGCCGUAUCAGCUAGUACUAAUAACGUUGGAUUGGCAAAUAUUGCUGUUGGAAUUUGUUAUGUUAUUAUGACUCUAUUUGGAGGAUAUUUUGUAGAUUUGGCCACUGUUACAAAAGUUUUAUCAUGGUUAAAAUAUAUCAGUAUAUUUCGUUAUGCUCUAAAUAGUUUUUCUAUCAAUGAAUUCAAAGAUUUAACAUUAUGCAUGUCCAAUAAUUCAACUCAAUGUUACAAAGGCGAUAUAUAUUUGACGGAAAGAAAUAUUGAGUCUCAAACACAAUGGGACUUGUGGAGCAAUUCCUUUGCACUGGGAUGUAUUGCAUCCAUUCUGUUCAUCAUUACAUACUUACAAUUACGCUUUGUUAGAUAA